CCUAUUGGGCCGGACCCAUCUGAUCUUGCGUUGUCUCGCUCGCUCGCGGCCAUGGCGAAUCCCCGCGGGGCGCCGCCGCUCCUCCACCCCCGCCACCGGCGUCUCCUGCGCUCGCCGAUCUCGCGCUGCGCCUGCCUGCUCUUCGCCUUCGCCGUGCUCCUCCUCCUUUCCGCCCUGCGCCAGGUCGCGCGGGUCGACUUCCCCCGCCCGGACGCACCCCGCCAGGGGUCAAGUGAGCACCUGUGGGCGUCUAUCGGCUACGGUUAUAAUGCUUGUAUUACACCAACCUCUAGAUAUAAGGUUCCAGGCAAGUCAGAUCGCUAUAUGACUGUCAGAAGUAAUGGAGGAUUAAAUCAAAUGCGCACUGGAAUCUGUGAUAUGGUUGCAGUUGCCCGUUUGGUGAAUGCAACACUUGUUAUCCCUCAGUUAGACAAGCGAUCCUUCUGGCAAGACACCAGUACAUUUAAAGACAUCUUUGAUCAGCCUCAUUUUAUUAAAGCUCUGGAAGGAGAUGUCCACGUUGUGGAUGACUUGCCUGAAAGCUUGCAAUCUGCUCCAAGAGCCCGGAAACACUUUACCUCAUGGUCUGGUGCAAGUUAUUAUGAGGAAGUGAAAGAGCUCUGGAAGAAUCAGAAGGUAGUUCACAUCCCAAAAUCUGAUUCACGACUUGCUAACAACGGUCUUCCAAUUGAUAUCCAGAGAUUGAGAUGCCGCUGUCUUUACCAAGCACUCCGUUUUUCAGAUCCAAUUGAGGACCUAGGAAAGAAGCUGGUGGAUCGUCUAAGGUAUCGUGGAAAAUUUAUCGCUCUUCAUCUACGAUAUGAAAAGGAUAUGCUAGCAUUUACAGGAUGCACUUAUGGUCUGAGUGAUUCAGAAGCGAAUGAGUUGACAAUUAUGAGAGAGAGAACAAGCCACUGGAAACUGAAGGACAUAAACUCAACUGAACAGAGAUCUGAAGGCAACUGUCCACUGACUCCCAAUGAGGUGGGCAUUUUUCUGCGUGCUAUGGGCUAUCCUGAAUCCACAUGGAUCUAUCUUGCAGCAGGUGAAAUUUAUGGUGGUGAUAAGUAUAUAUCAAAAUUGAGGGCAUACUUCCCAAAUUUGGUUAACAAGGAGAUACUGGCAACAAAAGAAGAGCUUGAGAAAUUCAAUAAUCACGCUUCUCAAGUUGCAGCCCUUGAUUACAUAAUUUCAGUUGAAAGUGAUGUGUUUGUUCCAUCACACUCUGGCAAUAUGGCAAAAGCUGUAGAAGGCCAUCGUCGAUUUCUAGGGCAUCGCAAGACUAUCACUCUUGAUAGGAGAGGAUUGGUGGAACUCUUUGAUUUACUGGAAAAAGGGGAACUCAUGGAAGGUCCACAGCUGUCCUCACUUGUUACUGACAUGCAUAAAUACAGACAAGGGGCUCCUAGGAAAAGAUAUGGCUCCUUGCCAGGAAGCAAGGGCAGAGCACGGCUUAGGACCGAGGAAUCUUUUUACGAAAACCCACUUCCUGAGUGCAUUUGUCUGACUGGGAAGCACUGAUGUGUUGCCGAUGUAUAGCUUUGUAUAAUGACACUAGUGCUUCUCAUUGGCCAUUGGAGCUUUACUGACGCUUCGAGACUAAAAGGAUACUCUAUGACGCAAGUCACUAAAGGAUGCCUACCUUCCAGUGAUCGACGUCCAAUGACCUUGUUGGCCUAGAUGGACUGGCCCCUGCAACCAAGCAACUGUACAUGAAUGGGUUUGUUGCCACUGUUGAGAGAUUUGAUGUGUAGGUUGUUGCCAUGGAAGUUUCGAACAACACACGUAAUAUAUGCAUUUGCCACGAUCUGUAGUCCUCUGAGGCAAUAUCUGAAAA